AGCAGCUCCACAUCCAUAUCUGAACCCUCAUAUAUAUACACCCUGAUGGUUGUUUGUUCCCACUGGCUCUACUGUCCUCUUUCUUGGCUUUCUGUUUCAUUAUAGGCUGUGAAAAAAAGAAACUGCCAACAUGUCUGACAAGAAGAUGACUUCAAGCCGCAGGCACCACCUGAAGAGUUUGAUUCUGCAGGUGGCAGCAACAUGGCUUGAAAAGGAGAAAAAGGACCUCAUUGCAUCCAAGGAGGCCUACAUGGCAGAGAACUGUCCUGCGCCAAACCUUAGUGGAGACCAGGCUGCCCUCAUGGAAACCUGCAAAAAAUUACACGCCCUCAUUGACAAAGUGGAUGAGGAGAGAUACGACUUGGAGGCCAAAGUUGGCAAGGCUGACAAAGAGAUUGAAGACCUCAAGAUCAAAGUAGUGGACCUUGCUGGAGUGAAGAAACCGGCCCUGAAGAAAGUGCGUAUGUCUGCUGAUGCCAUGCUGAAGGCUCUGCUGGGCUCCAAACACACAGUUAAUCUGGACCUGAGGGCCAACCUGAAGCAGGUCAAGAAGGAGGUCAAAGAGGAGCCCACAGAGGCAGUUGGUGACUGGCGUAAGAACAUUGAGGACAAAGCUGACAGAAAGAAGAUGUUUGAAACUGCUUAAAGAACUGAACUCUAAUCCUCCAGUUGCACUGGAGUGUUCACACAUUUUGAAAUAUCUGUCAUUCUGCAUCGAAUCAUCUUUUGUUUCAUAAAAUAAGUGUGUUUCAGCCUGCUUUUGUUCUUGUACGUUUGUAUAGUGCAUUAAGCAGGGUUAGCUCUGAAAGUAGAGUAGUUGGGAAGUGUCAUUGAAUCCCCAACAUUUCCAACCAACAAGUGUCCUUUUCCAAAAUACUGAAGCCAAUAAUGUCCCUUAUAUGUUCCUCACUUAACAACCUCAGACAAAACAAUAAAUAGAAUGUGAUGGUU